CUCUUCCUUCUUCUUCACUUCUAUCGCUCGCGACGAAAGACGGGUGAAGUGUAGCAGAAGAUAAACCACAGUUCUUCCAGCUCUCUCGACUCGCUCCGGGAGCUCGACAUUCUCUUCCUCCCGCUUCUCCGGGAGCUUCGCGUGGCUCGCCGAGUCGGCCCGGCCGCCUGGGGAUGCCGGCGCCGGGCGAGUCCCGCCGCGGUUCUGCUCUCGCGGUCCUGCUCCCGCCGUCGGAUCCUUGCUCGAUUCACCUCCGGCCGAGCUCGUAGUGCUGCCUUUUCUCGGGGGGGCUCGAUUGUUCGCCGCCGCCGCCGUUGCUGUCGCUGCUGCCGCCGCCGUCGCUCGGCGCGCGAUCUCGUCCGCUGGUGGAAUCUCGCAGAUCUGACGCCGUCGGUGAUGUCGGUGCUCGCGCGGUCCUUCGCCGGAGGAAAAAGGAUUUAUAUCCAACAGUCAUUGCUGAAACUGAUUGUCAUAUCCUGUCUUGUCAUUUCCAUCAUAUUUGCUGAUUCAAACAGCAAUUCCGUACAAGCAUCACCGAUAUCUCCCAGUGGCACAGUGAGCACUCCUGCUAUUCCUGAUCUUUCCCCUCCCAAGAGGUCACCACAUAGACAAUGGCAGAGACGUAUCUCUCCUCAGGCUGCGCCUGUACUUGUUUUAUCGCCAGGUCAUCCCCCUCAUUCUGACCCCUUGAUAACUUCUGGUCACCCCCCAACAAGUUCACGCUUGUCCAAGCCAUCAAUGAAGAGGAGCAGCUUGGUGCCUCCAAGUGCCAGCCUGGCAGAUAUUGCCCCAACUCAAUCCAGUCCUGCUACAGUUCCAGCCGCAUUGGCUGAGCCACCGCUUUCACAUAAUGUCUCAAAUUGUUGCCAACCCGACAUGGUGCUAAAACGGGACAGCAAAGAUUGCCAUUGUGUUUAUCCCAUAAAGCUCGACCUUCUGCUGCUAAAUGUAUCUCAAAAUCCCGACUGGAAGGUUUUUCUCCAAGACUUUGCUAAACAGCUGGGCUUGCAAGCUUCUCAAAUAGAGUUGAUCAAUUUCUAUGUGCUCGGCUUUACAAGAUUAAAUAUAUCAAUGGAUAUUACUCCGCAAACAGGAUUGAGUUUCUCAGCUAGUGAUGCAUAUGCAAUCAACUCUUCCCUCUCUUUACAUCAGGUUCAUCUAAGCCCUUUGCUGGUGGGUGAUUAUAAACUUCUGAACAUCACUUGGUUCAAGGCACCUCCACCUUCUGAAGCUCCCAUUGUUGCAACAUCACCGCCAGUGGCACAACCCCAUCAACCUACUCCUAAACCAUCCAACCCUUCAGAUGGGGCGAAGCAUUCAAGUUUGGUUAUUAUUAUUUGCAUUGGUGCGGGCAUUGCAAUGGUGAUUGUUAUAAUGGUGCUUAUAAUAUGUGCAUGCACUUCCAAAAGGGGAAAGACUGAGGCAUCUAAGGAAAUCAGUCCAACAGAUAUCGUUAAGCCGAGGACUCCAGAUUCGCAUUCAGUAGGAGGUUCUCUUCCACACCCAUCAAGUACACGUGUUCUUGCAUAUGAAGAACUCAAGAAAGCCACUGACAACUUCGCACGGGAGAGCAUACUUGGAGAGGGGGGGUUUGGCAGGGUUUUCAAAGGUGUCUUAAGUGAUGGUACUGCUGUAGCAAUCAAGAGACUCACUAGUGGAGGUCAACAAGGUGAUAAAGAGUUUUUGGUUGAGGUUGAAAUGCUGAGCAGGUUGCAUCACCGUAAUCUUGUGAAGCUUGUGGGUUACUAUAGCAGUCCUGAAUCUUCACAAAACUUGCUUUGUUAUGAGCUGGUACCAAAUGGGAGUCUAGAGUCCUGGCUUCAUGGUCCUCUUGGAGUGAACUGUCCUUUGGACUGGGAUACCAGAAUGAAGAUUGCUCUUGAUGCCGCCAGAGGACUUGCGUACCUACAUGAGGACUCACAGCCUUGUGUGAUCCACCGAGAUUUCAAGGCAUCCAAUAUAUUGCUUGAGAACAACUUUCAUGCAAAAGUUGCAGAUUUUGGCCUGGCCAAACAGGCACCUGAAGGGAGGACAAAUUAUCUGUCUACUCGUGUGAUGGGCACAUUUGGGUAUGUGGCCCCGGAGUAUGCAAUGACAGGACAUCUACUUGUGAAGAGUGAUGUUUAUAGCUAUGGAGUGGUCCUACUCGAGUUAUUGACUGGAAGGAAGCCUGUAGACAUGGCACAGCCAUCUGGACAGGAGAAUCUAGUCACUUGGGCAAGGCCAAUUCUUAGAGACAAGGACCGGCUGGAAGAACUUGCUGAUUCUAAGCUUGGUGGCAACUACCCAAAGGAAGAUUUUGUGCGGGUUUGCACAAUUGCGGCUGCAUGUGUUGCUCCUGAGGCGAGUCAACGGCCUACGAUGGGUGAAGUGGUCCAAUCACUUAAAAUGGUGCAGCGCGUCACCGAAUAUCAGGACACAAUGCUAAAUUCCGCCAAUGCCAGACCCAACCUUAGGCAGUCAUCUACGACCUUUGAGUCAGAUGGGACAUCAUCGAUGUUCUCAUCUGGUCCUUACUCUGGUUUAAGUGCUUUCGACAACGACAAUCUCUCUAGAACUGCAGUCUAUUCGGAAGAUCUUCACGAAGGAAGAUGAACAGGACAUCCAGUAGCCACUGUUUUGACUGCCCAAAAGAUAACCAGAAAAUUACCCAGCUGGUCCAACACCUAUGAGCUGGAGAAUUCCUUCUCUUCCGAUUUUGAUUUUUUUCCUUUUAUCUGGGCGACGGGGAACAAAGGGACUGGAAGAGAGUGCUGUUUGUUAUCCCAUGUUGAGAACUGCCACUGUCAAGUGUUCCUUCAUCUGGAGUGGCAGUUCUCAACUUGGAUGAAAUUUUGUAUAUAUCCUUUUAGCUUUUUUUCUUGCAGUUUUUAGGGUUUCUUUUACGUUUUCCUUCUUUCUUCGGCUUGUCUUUCAAGCACCUCUGUUUAUUUGCAUUAGCUCAUUGCGGGUUGUCUCUGCUUCCCGUUUAGCUGGAUCUGGUUAGGUUCCUCUGUUGAUGGUGAUGAGUGAUGAUUGUAUUUAAGUCAGGGACGUGUCUGGGCCGAGAUCGAAUCUUUUUCUCUUUU